UGGGUAACUUGAUGAACACGGAAUGAAAACGCGCACUGUCAUGGAGUUGAGUUCUGCACUGAUCGGAGUAAUCCAUCUGAUCAUAAAAACCAAGGCAGUUCUUGCCCCAAUCUGUCAGCUCUUUCUCGUCUGCCUUGGUAUCCUUCGUCUCUGUCUGACAUUUCUGUUCACGUAAGCGCCCGAUCAAGGCUACUGAGUGUCUCGAAGGUGGUCUUGUAAAUUAGGAAGCUCUGGGAGACAGUGAAGGAAUUGUUCCUGAGAAGAUUUAAGGGGAAGAGCAGACAGCCCAGUGAUUUCAUUGACUCCCGAAGCGACGAUGGCGGACGUGCAAGUCGACCGAAACGUCGUGGAGCGAAGUUUUUUCGCUCCGCCACGAAAAAACAUCAAAACCACGACGCAGAGUCGGCACAUGUUCAGCAGGAAUUUUGUCGAGCGGCGCGACUUGGAGCAGUACUUCUGGACUACGAGCACGGUGGACGCUCUGUGCAGAGCGCUGACAUUCGAGCCGGAGCUCUGCUGCCUCUCGACCCCAUCGAUCGCUCAGGCAUUUUGGAUUCAGGAAGACAGAGCCGUGACCCUGCUGGACAUCGACACCCGAUUCGACUACCUUCCGGGAUUCCGCUUUUGGGACCUCCGCCACAUCCCGUCCCUGCCCAUGGGCGAGGCCGAAACGUUCCGAGUCCUCGUGUUUGACCCUCCCUUCUUCUACAUCCCCAUGGCAGAUCUGUAUCGCGCAGUCCUCGAGGUGUGCAAGGGGGACACCUCAACGGGCCUUAUGAUCGGAUUCCUAGUUCGCAAGGAAGCGAACCUGUUCGCGCACUUCCGGGAAUUCAGACUCUCGAAAACCAAAUUCGUGCUUGAGUACGCCAACGUCAAACCCAACAAGUGGCGCAACUACGCUCUGUACAGCAACGUGGAUCUCCCGGGAAUCAAACGCAUCAGGAAACCUCGCUGACCUCCUCUGCUGGGCCGACUCUAUCAAGCAUUGAUUCCAUGGACCAGAUGUAUAUACUUUUGACUCGCUAGAAUACGUAUGCCACCAUAAUGCUUUGGUUUAGAUUCUCAACUUUAGAACCUGUAAAUUGGCCCGGACCGAAGUCCAAGCCGAAGUCCUCAGAAGGCUCAAAAUUGUUCGAAUUCAUAAAGCUUCACUUCAUACUUUUGUAACAUAUUUCUUUACUUUCUGAUUUGACCUCGUUCAUCAGGAAGAGGUCAAAUCAAAUUCACAUAAGAAAUAAUGGAAGCCAUACAUGAGAUUUUGUUGUAACAGUUAUUUGUGAUAGAAAUUGAUUCUAUAUGCCAAUUAUUUUCACAUAUAUACUAUAAAAUUCCAGCAACAAAAGGUGAAUUUUUUGAUACUAUUGUUUCUUUAAGCACUCCCUAAAACCUGAUUGAUACCUCAUAAUCGAUAUUUUGCUUUAUUUUAGAC